AUGAAGACUUCAUCAUUGUUGCUUCUUCCUCUUCUCGCGAGUAGUACAGUAGCUUUACCUGGAAGAAGGAGACAUCAACCUUUAUUCAGGAGGAUAUAUGGGAAUAAACGUCAAGAUGUAUCAGCAUCUGGUUCAGCGGGAGAUGUGAUUGAUCCUUCGUCAGGACCAGAGUUAGCUUCUAGCAGUGCUAGUGCCAGUGGUAGUGCCAUUACAUCAAUGGUGACGGGAUCAGCAGAAUCAUCCGAUCCUGCUUCUGCUUCUGGAUCAAGCUCAAUAACAGCAACAUCAACUUUCACCGGUAUACCAGUCGCUGCAUCAUCAUCAGUCACUGAUGAGCCUGGAUUGUCUCCAUUCGAUAAAUCAAGUUCAAACGCAACGACAGGAAGUCAAAAUACAAAUAGUGGAUUAGAUACCAUAAAUCCAAAUCCAGGAAAUGUAUCAAGCGAAUAUCUUUCGUCGUUAUUAUCGAAUGCCCAACAAUACGAAACUUUGACUUAUUCAGUAUAUACACCUGUAACUGCAACAAUUACGAGUAUGGCUACUACGACUGCUACUGUCACGUCAUCAAGCAGUGGAGGAUCAGCAAGUUCAGAUGGAGAAGAUAGUUCAGAUGGAGAUGAUGGAUCAGAUGGCUAUAUGGAUGAGAUCCAAAAAGCCGCUGAAAGUUAUGCUAAGAAUAAUUUAGGUGGUUAUUUACCAACUAUCACUUUGGAAGUGAUAUUGGAACCAACUCAGGAAGCCGACGGUACUUGGGAUUAUGUCGUUCACAUCGGAUCUGACGGUACAGCCACAGCUUCACCUACUUAUUAUUCUUCUAAUCCAACUUCGACUUCAUCCUCCUAUACAUCUUCAACAACCGGAUCUGCAUCCGUAGAUGACGGUCCUGACGAUAGUGAUGACGAAGAUUCCUAUCCUUAUGUCACUGGACCUAUAACCACGUCAGCCGAUAUCAAUGUUUCAACUGCUACUGCUACCUCUGUAAUCACCGGUGAUUCUGCAUCUGCUACGUCCAUAAACGUUGCUUCAGCAACAGCAGCAGCAGCUACCAACCCAUACCUCCAAACAGCAUCAAAUAUCUAUAACCCAAUCUCAACUGCUGCUCCCGAAGCUUCAUCUUCAUCUUCUGCUAGUGAUUCCUCAGCGACUGGAUCUUCAAGCACAGGAAAUACUGCUUCUUCAGAUAAUAGUUCGACCUCUUCUUCCUCAUCAGGAGGAGAUGACGCGUCAUCUAUUUCUGGAGAUAGUACUUCAGUAUCUUCCUCGUCUUCUGAUACAGAUUCAAAUGCUGUUCCAGGACAUACUACAUCAAAUUUCGACAACGGUUCAACCGAUAAUUCCACUUCAUCCGAUUCUACUUCUUCCUCGGGAUCAACUUCAUCCUCCGAUUCCGCUUCUACUUCCGAUUCUGCUUCUUCCUCCACUGGCUCAGAAUCCUCCAGUAGCUCUGGCUCUGGCUCUGGAUCAUCUUCCGACGACUCAUCUUCAAGUUCAGACGAUUCUUCUUCGGGUGUACCAGGUCAUAAUCAGUCAAGCUACGGUGAUUCUGGAUCUGAUUCAUCCAGCUCUAUCUCUGAUUCAGGUUCCGAUUCCGAUUCUUCUUCCUCUUCUCCCACUGCUACUGCUUCAUCUGCUCCUUAUCCAAUCUGGUAUGGUGGUUCAGGUGAUUCAGCUUCUUCCUCAGGAUCCCCUACCGGUUCAUCUGUAUCAGCUCAAACAUCAGCUCCAUACCCUAUCUGGUACGGUGGCAGUGGUAGUUCUGAUGAUUCCGAUUCUUCAAACCCCGGUGGUACCAUUAUGAACGGUACAGAUCCUACUGCUGUUGGAAAUACCACUAUCCCAACGAACGGUACAGAUCCUUACGGAAACGUUACUAUUCCCGUCAACGGUGCUGCGCCAAUUGACGUCAAUGUCACUAUGCCAAUCAUCAACGCCACUGCACCUGUCACUGCCCCUGUAACAGCUUCAAUCACAAUCUCUGGCCUUCCAACCGACGCCACUCUUCCUGUAAUGUCUUCUGUUGAUCCAUCGGCCACCGUGUCUGUCACUAGCUCGAGUACAUUGCCUUCAGCGGUCGACUCAGGUUCAGCAGGUACACCUUCUACAACAGCUUCUUCCGACUCUACUUCUGCAAUCCCUUCCGCGGCUGAUUCAGGAGCUUUCGGCGUUCCUUCUCCCACCGGCGCCUCCUCCGACUCCGCUUCAAGCUCAGCAGACCCUGUAGCUUCAGCUGCUGAUUCAGGUACUUACGGCGCUCCAUCACCUACCGCUUCUGAGUCAGGAUCAAGUGUUAUACCGACUGCAUCGAGUGUAGCUUCUGCCAUGGACUCUGGAUCAGCAGGUGGACCUUCUGUCACGCCUUCAGCAAGUGAUUCCGGAUCAGCUGGAAGUCCUUCGAUUACCGCUUCUCCCACGGAAGCUUCUAUGACCUCAUCGGCGGCUGAAUCAAGCUCAACUGAAUCCACUUCUCCUAGUUCCCCUAAUAUCGAAUCGGCAUUUCCCACCGAUCCAGUAACUGCUUCUUCAACCUCUUCAUCAGCCGAAUCAAUGAUUACUUCAUCUGCUUCCGCUACUGCUUCGGUAGACGAGAAUGAUAAUGGAGUUGCAACUGAAUCAGUCACAUCUUGGACUACAGUAGAUGUCACAAUGACAAUGACUUCUUCAGCGGCAUCUGUUUCACCUACUGUGACUGCCUCCGAAACAGCAAGUAUCACUUCAUCGGUGAAUAUUCCAGGAAAGAUCGAUUUAGCUUCGCCUGCCGUUUCAGCUUCGGCAUCGAUUUCCGCUGAAAGUCAGUUCGCUUAUCCUCCUCCAAGCGAAACCGCCACCGUCACUGCUUCAUCCACGUCUACAACCGAAGAGACAAUUCCCACCUCUUCUGCCACUUCAACAUCAACUUCUUCAGCUCCCGAAUCAACGGAAACUGAUUGUAUCGAAGAAAGAUCAUUCGACGAUUCGGAAGAUGGCGAAUACGAAAUCGUUUGGGUGGAUGAAGAUGAAUUACAACCUGAAUGGGAAGUUUUAGCAUAA